UCACCCCGAAUUCCCGGAAAUAACAACCAAAACCUAGCCGAGGUUCGGAAGGAGGGAUUGAAGGUGUAGAUUGCCAAUCCAACCUCUGGCGUUGUUCGGAAUGCGGCGCCUUGUCCAAGGGGGCGAGUCCCGUCACACAGACUGCAUUCCGAUCUGCGGUCUGGACUUGUGGAGUGACUAAUGGCACUGCGUCCUGUCGGUCAGCAGGGAUAAGGGAUUUCCAUGGAAGGAAGGUGGUUGAAUAAGCUCCUGGUGAUCGGCACUGUGGUAUUUAUUAAAACCUUGUGCAUCGCCGGACCGGACCUCUGGUGCUUGGGGCAAUGCAGCUUCGCGUCUUCCCCGUAGAGCCUAAAAUCAGGGGUCGCCAUGUUUGGAAAGGAGACUCGUAAGUAGAUUUCUAUAUUUCCGUACCUUGUGUGGGCGAUCUAGAACCGCCGCUAUCCAAGCGCCGUCCAUGCUGACCCCAGGGGCAGCUGUCAAGGAUGAGGACCGCAGCCCAGGAGAUGGGGUUGGCGAGAUUGUCACGAGCAGCACCUACAGCCCGGAAGCAGGUGUGGCUGAAUACGACGAACUCCAUGUCCCCUGUCCGCCUCACACAACGGAGAAGAGGCUCAUGGCCAGGAUUGACAUCCGCCUGCUUCCUUUCCUCAGCAUCCUCUACCUCCUCGCCUUUCUGGAUCGGGUCAACAUCGCCAACGCCCGCUCGUUUCAUCUCAUCGAUGACCUCCACCUGACGGGCGUCCAGUACAACACCGCCCUGACCAUAUUCUUCGUGCCGUACAUCAUCUUCGAGAUCCCCUCCAACAUCUUCCUCAAGCGCUUCUCGCCCCGCAUAUGGCUCUCCGGCUGCUGUCUCGGCUUCGGCCUGCUCACUGCCCUUCAGGGCCUCACUCAGAACUUUGCCGGCCUCCUGGCGACUCGCUUCUUUCUCGGGCUAUUCGAGUGCGGCAUGUUCCCUGGCUGCUUCUAUGUCUUAGGGAUGUGGUAUAAGCGCGAGGAGUCUCAGAAGCGAUACUCGUUGUUCUUCUCGUCCACGUCUCUAGCUGGUGCUUUCGGCGGACUUUUGGCCUCGGUUAUUGGAAAGAUGGAUGGGAUACGCGGCUUCCAUGGCUGGCGCUGGAUCUUCAUCCUCGAGGGCUGCCUCUCCUUCGUCGUCGGCGUCAUCUUCCUCUUCACCUUCCCCUCCUUCCCGGAGCAGGCGGCGUGGCUGACCUCGGAGGAGCGCGCGUACGUCAAGACGCGGCUCGAGGCGGACGUGGGCGCCAACGCGGCGGAGCGCGGCGUGACGUUCGGCGACGUGGCGGCCGUGAUGCGCGACCACCGCGUGUGGCUGGGCGGGCUGAUGUACUUUGGGCUGAUCGUGCCGGCCUACGGCUACGCGUACUUUGCCCCGACCAUCAUCCAGGGCUACGGCUUCGACCCCAUCCAGACCCAGCUGCGCUCCGUGCCGCCCUGGGCCUCGGCCUUCGCCUUCAGCAUGCUCGUCGCUUACCUGAGCGACCGCGUCAAGCACCGCUUCAUCUUCACUGUCGCGCCCGUGUGCAUCGCCAUCGCGGGCUUUGCUAUCCUGCUCAACGUCCACCACGAUGUGGAUACCAUGUACGCGGCGCUGUUCCUCAUCUGUAUGGGCACGUAUAGCGCUAUGCCUGUCAUCGUUUGCUGGUUCAACAUGAACCUCGGUGGGCAUCACCGGAGGGCGAUUGGGACGGCCUGGCAGAUCGGAUUCGGCAACAUCGGCGGCAUCAUCGCCACAUACUCGUUCCUGGCCCCGGACGUCCCGCUAUACACGAAGGGUUACUCGAUAUGCGUCGCCUUCAGUUGCCUCAGCGCGCUGUGCUGCGCCAUUUACGCCGUCUCGGCGACGUGGGAGAACAGGAAGCGCGAUAAGACCGCGCGCGAUAUUGGGCUGACCGAUUACGAGAAGACAGAGCUAGGGGACUUGAAUCCAGAGUUCCGGUACUUGCUGUAA